AUGACUGGCACCAACUGCGGCGAAAGCAGUUUCCGGGAUAGCAUUAUCGUAGGACCUCGAGAGUAUGAUCCUCGAUCUUCGCCAUGGAUGAGGCAGGAUUUGGGGGAAUUCGAACUCAUUUUCUUCACUCCAGACUGCGGCAAGAGCAAUGUCACGGGGGGCCGUAUCGUAGGAGGACGCGAGUCUGACCCUGGAUCUUGGCCAUGGAUGGCAGCCAUUUACGUUAACACUGGAGGUGUCAAUUCGGCACCAUGCGAAGGAGCACUCGUUACAUCACGCCACAUUGUCACUGUGGCUCAUUGCGUGGGUCCGUGGCGCGGAACAACAAACAAGAAAUAUCCCAGGGACGUCUCAUUCAGCGAGUUUGUAAGACCCGUCUGCUUGCCGUUCGGAGAUGACCUCGGCAGUCGAGACCUUACUGGAUACCAUGGCUUCGUAACUGGCUUUAUCACAGGUCUCAGAGACAGCGGAAGGAACAAUGAUUCCUGCCAGAUCGGCACAGGAAGUCCCUUCGUCCGUCGAGACAACGAUCGCUUCUACCUCAUGGGAGUGCUAUCUUUCGGCAGGCGUCGCGGCGUAGCCGGUCUCCCUGAAGUCUAUACCCGGGUGACGACGUUCAUGCCCUGGAUCCUCGAACGUAUUCAUACGUUCGAGGUGUAG